CUUGCAUGCCAAUAGCAGCAGACAGAUGGUAAGCAUAUUUGUAAACAACAGCUCUUCACCUAACUUAAAAGAGCUGCAGCAUGCAUGGUGUUAGGACGGCGACUGUUAUUUUCCGUUCCAAUAUCAUUCGGUUAAGAAUUCUAAAUGGCGAGAAAUCGAUUUUCACGUCAACUACGUUUCGGAAAGACGAGGACAUUCCCGAGAAAUUGUAUAAAGUCGUAGAUAAAAAAGCCCACAAGAGGAAACUGCAGUUAUUGAAAUGGAAUAAAACAAAUUUGGCAUUAUUUGGACCAAUCAUUAAAGAAGAUAAAAAAAAGUUAAAGGAAAACAACUCUCCAGUUGGCAAAAAAGAGAAAACAGCCAUUGAAGCGGAUGACUCGCUUCUACCUAUCAGUCUGUGGAAUGAAUCGUCUGUUGAGUUAAAGCUCAGCAAAACAGGUUUCCCAAACAAUACUGUCAAGAUAGCUCACAAAAAUCUUGCUCUGGAAGCAACAAAACCGAUCACCACAGUACUGAGAGAAUCUUCAAGUAAAGUACAAACUAAACAACAUCCAACUCACGAAAGCGUAAACUUUCAAAGUAUCAAACUUGCAGAAAACAUUCUACCUAGUGCACCAUAUUUUCAAAAAGAUGAUAUUAUUCUUCCCUUCCCUAUGGUUCUAAAAAAAGAAUUUAUACCUCCAACCUCCAAAGACAUUAUAACAAUAGCAAGUGCCAAAGUUGAUGUCCCUAGUGUGACACAAGUGUUGAACAAGACAAUGUCAGACAAGAGUGAAAUGAUGUUAGCAUUGUGGCGUAAAAGAAAAAUAGCUGAAGUAGGAGAAGAAGGCCUCAAAGAAUUCAUGAGAGAGGCUAAGCUGGUAGGCAAAGAACUACAUACAAGUAUUGAGACUUACCUUAGAGGAGUUGAAUACAGUUCGAUACGAGUCGAACCACGCAUUUCCGGUCACUGGCUAAGUAUGAAAUCGAUUUUGAAUUCACUAGAAGACGUUCUCGUGCUAGAGAGCUACGUCGUGCACCAACAGUUGAAGUAUAAAGGAUUCGUGGAUUGCGUCUGCAAGUACAAAGAUAAUGUUGUAGUUGUUGAGUGGAAAACGUCUCAGAGAACAAAAUCCACGCUGGAAGAUGCCUACGACGACCCCGUUCAAAUUGCGGCCUACAUUGGUGCUUUGAAUGCUGAUGAAAAAUACCCAUUUAAGCAGGUAGAAAAUGCGUUGUUAGUCAUCGCAUAUCCGACGGGUAGACCUGCCGAUGUUUUAACAUUGGACAGAGACAAGUGUGAAUACUACUGGGAUCAGUGGUUGAAGCGUUUGGAAGCAUAUAAUGAGCUCAAGAGAUCCGAUGAAAAAGCAUGAACUUGACACGAACUUGUUCUCGAAAGGGGAAAUAACUUAUUGAUGAAACAAAAGUUUUCAGAAGUCAACACAUUGUGUAUUCAAUGCAUACAAAGAACGAAGUCGGCCAGUCUGCAUACAUGCAAAAAUCGUGUCCACCAUUUUAUAAUCUUUUCUUCCGAUAAUCGAGCCAGAAAAGUCAGCAGCACAUGAUACAAAAAGUUGCUCGCCGUGGCUAUAAAUUUUUUUACGGUAUAUGAUGAAGAACAUUGAAUCAUGGCCCGUUUGUGAUCGAUCGAUUAUCGACCUAACACAGGAACUUUGGCAUCUUGGGCUGAUUAAAUAGUCAUAAAUGGUGGCGAAAUGAACGGGCAGCAUUAUCUUGAAUUCAAUGGAAAAUAUUUACAGCACAAACUUGUAUGAGGAUUUUUGUACAACCUCGGGAGUCGAGAAUCGAAAACACAAGAUAAAGAGGCGACCGAAAUUCCUCUUUCAUUUAUUUACAUUAGUGGCAAGGAAGUUGUGUUGGUUGUGUGUGUGUGUCAAGCGCGUUGCGGAACACACCACGAAGAGCUUUAAUUCUUCCAAGUCACAAACCAAUCUCAAAAUUCGGAAGAAAAAUAAUUUCAAGUUUCUCUUUAUAGCUCAUAGACAACAAUUGUUUUGACUGUCGUUACAAAACCAACGGCUCAAAACGUUUGCCAUUGUCUUUUCUCCUCGGCAUUCCGCGUUUAGACACCUUGACCCGCAUUGUAAACUUUUCUCGACCAAGAAAAGUGAAUAGACGUUCGCGCCCUGACACGCACGGCAAAGUACAUGAUAU